AUGAAAGCAUCAAUAUUCUCUUAUGUGCUUUUCCUUAUCUUCACUAUCACCACACAAUCAAUUUUUAUUUUUACCACCACAAAUACCGCAUCGGCUGCUGAAGUCGUAGUAAGAGACUCAACCGGGAAAAAGGUAUUGAAUAAUGUUCGCUACCACGUUGCUCCAGUCGCCAAGGGUGGCUCGAUCAAGCUAACGGACACAAUCAACAAGAAGAAAGUGUGUCCCUUCGAUGUGGUUCACGACCCCAAGGAUAACGUAGGUGGCGAGUUUAUGUUCACCAUAAUUACCAACGGAGUUGUAAAGGAAAACUAUCUUAAAACAGAACGAAUUCUUGGGAUUGACUCGGGUUAUCCCAAGGGAGCCUGCACUGAGUCUACAUUUUGGACCAUCAACGAUGCGGAAGCAAAGGCGCCUCCAGCUAACUUGAUUACGACUGGAGGUGGCUUCGAUACGGAUCUUACUUGUUUUCAAGUGGUGGAGCACCCCAAGCCAACAAAUAAAAAUAGCUACAUGCUUCAACAUUGUCCCUCAUUCUGCGGUGCCGGUCCUAGUACUUGCUUUAACAUAAGCCUCUCCUCGUAUCAGGGCGUGAAUCGUCUUUCUACUGUUGGUGCUACUCCUUUCGAGUUUGUGUUUCACAAGAUUGCAAGUUAA